GGCGUGGCGCGCCGCACAGGUCUGCUCUGGAGAAGGAGCUGAGACGCAGCGGAGAUACGAGCGCAGUGAUGUGUGGAAUCUUUGCCUACCUGAAUUACCACGUCCCGCGCACUCGCAGGGAGAUCUUGGAGGUCUUGCUGAAGGGGCUUCGGCGACUCGAGUACCGCGGGUAUGAUUCUGCAGGUGUGGGGAUCGAUGGAGGGAACAGCAAGGACUGGCAGAAGAACGGCAAGUCGAUCCAGCUGAUCAAAAAACAGGGCAAAGUCAAGGCGCUGGACGAGGAGAUCAACAAGCAGCAGGACUUGGAUAUGGACGUGGAGUUCGAUAUUCACCUGGGGAUCGCUCACACUCGCUGGGCCACUCACGGGGAGCCGAACCCUGUCAACUGCCACCCGCAACGCUCUGACAAAAACAACGAAUUCAUUGUGAUCCACAAUGGGAUCAUUACCAACUAUAAAGACCUGAGACAGUUUCUGGAGAGCAAAGGCUAUGAGUUUGAGUCCGAGACCGACACAGAGACCAUCGCCAAGCUGGUCAAGUACAUGUACGACAAUCGAGAGAGCGAUGAUAUCAGCUUCAUCACGCUGGUGGAGAGAGUGACUCAGCAGCUGGAGGGAGCUUUCGUCCUGGUGUUUAAAAGCAUCCAUUUCCCAGGAGAGGCUGUGGGAACCAGGAGAGGGGGCCCCCUGCUGAUUGGAGUGCAUAGUGCACACAAGCUAUCUACAGACCACAUCCCCAUCCUCUAUCGUACAGCAGGGAAAGACAAGAAGGGCUGCAGCGCCCUGCCCCGAGUGGACAGCACCACCUGCCUCUUCCCCAUCGACGAGAAGGGCGUGGAGUAUUACUUUGCCUCGGAUGCCAGCGCUGUGAUUGAGCACACAAACCAAGUGAUCUUCCUGGAGGAUGAUGACGUGGCCGCCGUGUCAGAGGGGCGUCUCUCCAUCCACCGGAUCAAACGCAUCGUGGGGGAUCACCCGGCACGAGCCAUCCAGACCCUGCAGCUGGAGCUGCAGCAGAUCAUGAAGGGUAAUUUCAGCUCCUUCAUGCAGAAGGAAAUCUUCGAGCAGCCAGAGUCCGUGGUGAACACUAUGAGGGGACGAGUCAACUUCGACGAAAACACAGUGAUCCUGGGCGGGCUGAAGGAUCACAUCAAAGAGAUCCAGCGUUGUCGACGCCUCAUCCUCAUCGCCUGUGGAACCAGCUACCACGCAGGAGUGGCGACACGGCAGGUGCUGGAGGAGCUGACAGAGCUCCCUGUCAUGGUGGAGCUGGCCAGUGACUUCAUGGACAGGAACACGCCCGUCUUCAGGGACGAUGUGUGCUUCUUCAUCAGCCAGUCGGGCGAGACGGCAGACAGCCUCAUGGCUCUGCGGUACUGUAAGGAGAGGGGCGCGCUCACUGUUGGGGUCACCAACACGGUGGGCAGCUCCAUCUCCAGGGAGACGGACUGCGGGGUGCACAUCAACGCCGGCCCGGAGAUCGGGGUCGCCAGCACCAAGGCCUACACCAGCCAGUUUGUGUCGCUCAUCAUGUUUGCCCUGCUGAUGUGUGAUGACAGGAUCUCAAUGCAGGCCCGCCGGCGAGAGAUCAUCCAGGGGCUCCGAGUCCUGCCAGACCUGAUCAAGGAGGUGCUUGCGCUGGAUGAUGAGAUUCAGAAGCUGGCGAUGGAGCUCUACCAGCAGAAGUCUGUCCUCAUCAUGGGCCGAGGCUACCACUACGCAACCUGCCUGGAGGGGGCGCUGAAAAUCAAGGAGAUCACCUACAUGCACUCGGAGGGUAUCCUGGCUGGGGAGCUGAAGCACGGACCACUGGCCCUCGUGGACAAGCUGAUGCCAGUUAUCAUGAUAAUCAUGAGGGACAACACCUACACCAAGUGCCAGAACGCACUGCAGCAGGUGGCGGCUCGACAGGGCCGCCCCAUUGUGAUCUGUGACAAGGACGACUACGAGACGAUCAAGAGCUCAACCCGGACGAUCAAGGUGCCGCACUGCGUGGACUGUCUGCAGGGCGUCCUGAGUGUGAUCCCCCUGCAGCUGCUGUCCUUCCACCUGGCUGUGCUGCGGGGCUUCGACGUUGACUGCCCAAGAAACCUGGCCAAGUCUGUGACUGUGGAGUGAAGCCCACGGUACCUGGAAACCAGACUGGAAUACAUCGUUAACGAAAAAAAAAAGAUAUUUAGAUCCGUUUUCAUGUUUUUUUUAAUAUGUUUAUUGUACCCUGGCAAUUUUUAGUGCAACUCGUUUGAAAUGGUUAGACGCUCUGUACUUGCGUGUGCAAUCUCUAUUCCCUUUCAGAAAAGUCUUGCAUUCUGUUACUGUCGUCAUUGAGAGAGUCGGGAAACCGUUCCUGGAAUUCUCAGGAGCUGUUGCUUCUUUCUUUAGUGCUGACAAAAAAAAAAAGUUGCAAUAGCAGUGGGAUUUCUAUUUUUCUCUGUAUGUCACAGGAAAAUGAUCCUGAAGCUUCCUUGAGUUUUGGUCUUCCCUGAGAACAUUUCCAGUCCAGCUGAGGUUGUAACUAACGUUUUAACGCAAAACUAGAAUGCUCUUCUUUGUUUGUUUUGUUGAGAUUAGCUGGUGGCUAUCACCGUAAGCCCCUGUAACGGAAUCAAGUGCCGAGUCUCAAGUUUCAGUUUAUCCAUCCGUUUUACCUCGCUCGUAGGAUGCGGUAUGCCCAAGACAGCGCCUCCUGCUGGCUUGUUCUAGUUACUGCCUGAUCUGAGGGUUUUUUAGUUGGUAGGUUGCCUGUGGAUUGGCAGCUCCAGUCCUUGGGUACCAUAAACAGCAGAGGAAGGAGCCGUUGUAGUCUGGCACCUGAAGUUACAUUCCUGUUUGUGGCACCUCAGGAACUGCGGCCCCUUCGCAGCUGCCUUUUUUGAACGCUAAAGUGCACCGUGCUUCUCAAAUGAAUGUUACAACGUUUCUAUGUGUAUCUGCUGUGUUACUGAAGACGCAGCACCUUUUAUCUGUGCCUCCUAGUUUACAAUUUGAACUGGAAUCGGGUGAAAUGAAGAAUUUGGCGAGUGGGGAGGCUAAUUCCAGCUACUGUUUUUGUUUUUUUUUCUUUUUUUCAUAAGAUUGUGGGACCAUUCUGGCUUUUUUUGAUCUAGGGUUUCAGUUUUUGGGGUGCAGCCAACCCCAGGGCAGUGUUGGUUAUAAAUAAGACUCCCAUUGCAUAGCAGUUCGAGCCUUUCCAGGUGUUCACUGUGAUCUUACAGGUGCACAUUUUUGUGUGAUCCUAAAUAAGCUCACAGCAAAACCUGAACUCGGUCUGCUGUGGGUUUCAAGUCUUGCUUCUGUAGAUUGGGGGACCAUAAGAUGAAGCCGCUCUUGCGUGUGGAUGAUGAUCUUGCGGUUUGGCUUCAGUUGCAGUGCAGUCUGGCACUGUGCUGUGAACCAGGAGUCAUUACUGCUGUUGCUUGUACCGUGGAGCUGCAGUCUGUGUCUCUAACCUUCCCUGAUUCACUGAACAAAGAAAAUCAAACAAGUACAACUACAGCUGUAUCAAAAGUACAGCUGUGAGUCAAAGUUGUGUAUCACCUAGAAUUGCAGGAUUGAGACGUUAAUU